AUGUUUCAAGAGGCCAGUUCCUCUGAUUUCGAGAAGGCAUUGAAGCCGCCUGUGAAGCAUGUCGACUUUGAUGGCCCCGAAGACCCUUUGAACCCACUGAAUUGGCCCUUGAAGAAAAGAGCAUACAUAUGUGCCAUCCUAGGCUUCAGCACAAUGGUCGUUGCGUUCGGUAGUAGCAUAUUCUCCCCUGCUAUUCCUGCUUUGACGUAUAUCUAUGGAAUCAGUAGAGAAGUUUGCACUUUGGGCAUUUCCUUAUAUGUAUUUGGAUUUGCUUUUGGUCCUUUGGUUUUUGGUCCCUUCUCAGAACUUAAGGGCAGAUACUUCCCGCUUCUUAUCUCCAUGUUCGGUUUCACGGUCUUCUCGUUUGCAACAGCCGUCUCGAAAGAUGUCCAGUCAUUAUUCAUUCUUCGAUUCUUUACGGGCUUCUUUGGGUCUGGUCCUCUUACACUGGCCGGGCCAGCAUUCGCAGAUAUGUUCUCCCCUCAGCAGCGGGGUGUUCCCAUUGUCAUGUUCUGUUUGAUGGUUUUCAUUGGACCCCUAGCUGCACCAUUCAUUGGGGGUUUUAUUGUUAUGAAUAACUCCUUGGGCUGGCGGUGGACGGCAUACAUUCCCGGGAUUCUGGGGGGAAUCGUUCUGAUUCUCUUGCUGCUCUUCGUCGAAGAGACCUAUCAGCCAGCGAUUCUCACUAAGAAAGCAGACAGAUUGCGUCGGGAGACGGGAGACUGGUCGCUACAUUCGAAACAGGAAGAGAUGCAUGUCGACGUGCACACCAUCGUGACAGAGUAUUUAAGUCUGCCCCUGAAGAUGUUAGUUCAAGAUCCAAUUACUCUCUGCAUGUGCACGUUCGGUGCAUUCGUGUAUGGACUCCUGUACCUCUUCUUGACAGCCUACCCGAUGGUGUUCCAGCUCGUCCAUAGAAUGAAUCUUGGAGUGGGUGGCCUUCCUUACAUCGGUGUGAUUAUUGGACAGCUCUUUGGCGCGGUAGCCAUUGCCGCCACGCAGCCUUGGGUCCUGCACAAGAUGAAAAUGAACGGAGGUAUCAUGAUGCCUGAAUGGCGACUCCCUGUUGCUAUUCCAGGAGCAGUUGCAUUCUCUGGUGGUUUAUUCUGGUUAGGAUGGACAGGGUACAAGUCCAGUAUCCACUGGAUCGUGCCAACAUUAUCUGGGUUGUUGACAGGAUUUGGACUGUUGACGAUGUUCCUGCCUUCGUUGGCUUAUCUGGUUGAAGCUAGAGAUGACAGUUCGAUGGCCUAG